ACCCUUCUAUCUUUCUCACUUUUCGUUGCCAUCACUCCAUCCACCAUGGCGUCCGCGGAAGCUACUACUACUGAUGCCACAGGCAGCGGCAAGGAUGAUAACAAGACAACCAUCACCAUAUAUGCCCUGCCAGGCAGUCAGUUCACUGGAAAGGUGAUUGCGGCGGUCGAUGCUCGAUCCAUAGAACACUUCUGUGUGUUUGUUCCAAUACCGUUAGAAGCCCGGAAAAAAUUUAUCCCCUCUGGUGGGACGUUGGUUCCAGAACUCAAGGCUGUUACAGCGGAUGGUGAAGUCCAUAUGAUCCCAGACAGUGAAGCAAUUCUGCAUUGGUUCGAUGAUAACAUGGGCACCAAUUAUUUCCCUGCUGAUAGUGAAGCCAGCGAGUUGUCAGUGAGGGCUUCCGACAAGGUUCUGGCAGGUGCUGUAUGGUACUUUAACUGGGCCGAUCCAGAAGGGUAUAAAAACAGCAUGAAAAGGAGCAUGGCCAGGGCCAUGAUGCCUGCCUUUCUUCCCUCAGUUCUAUCCGAAAUGAUUGUCGACCUUUUUCUGUCCAGUAUCAAAGCCAAAUACCGACAGCUUAGCAUGGAAGCCAUGUCCGCAGACGAAGCCGCAAUGAACGACCGCAACCAGAUUCGUGCCAAGCUCAUUGAUGAACUAUCAUUUUUUCAAUCCUACCUCAAAACGGAGGAGCAAACCUACUUGUUGGGCGACACCUCCACAGCCGCCGAUUUCUCCGUCUAUGCACAGGUCGAACGGUUGGUCGGAGACAUGGGAGAUGUGAACCUUUUCCCUUCCAUUCCCGAAUUCAAGACGGAAACUCCCGAGUUGGCGCGGUUUUGGAAGUGGCAUGACAUGAUGAGAGAAAAGCAUCCACUCAAAUUCAAAGGAAAGAGGCCUCCUGCUGCUUCCAAGUAAGUAAUUUAUUAGUAUCAACUGAAAUCGUGGGCAAUCAGCAACGGAAAAAGCAGCAAAGGAGAAAAUGUGAUGGGCUCGUAACUAUACGGUAGCAAAGGGUUCCAGCAAAUUCAUGUAGUUUACCGUAGGCGAGCUCUCUCGUGAAGGAUUGAUUGCCAACAAAUCUAAAUCCAGUUCAG